AAGGUUGAGAAAAAGAAAUUCGAACCAACCAUCUUGAAGGAGCCUUGUAUGAAGCAUCCGUUACAAAACAAAUGGGGACUUUGGUUCUACAAGAAUGAUAAGAGCAAAAUGUGGCAGGACAAUCUAAGGCUUAUCACUAGAUUCGACACGGUUGAGGACUUCUGGGGAUUGUAUAACAACAUACAGCUGCCAAGCAAACUGUCCUCUGGCUGUGACUACUCCAUGUUCAAGGAUGGAAUAGAGCCCAUGUGGGAAGACCGGAGUAAUAAAUGUGGCGGCCGCUGGUUAAUUACUUUAGCCAAGCAACAUAGACACACUGAACUUGACCAUUUCUGGCUUGAAACGUUGCUGUGUCUCAUUGGUGAGGCCUUCGGCUCCUUCAGUCGGGAUAUCUGUGGAAGUGUAAUCAACAUCCGUUCCAAAGGGGACAAAAUUGCUCUCUGGACAUCCAAUGCUGAGAACUCCGAGACGGUCACAUACAUAGGUCGAAAGUAUAAGGAUAGUCUGGGACUCCCGCAGAAACUUGUGAUUGGAUAUCAAGCCCAUGCAGACACCGCAACUAAGAGCAACUCCAUAACCAAAAACAAGUUUGUUGUUUAAAAGCGGGCUUUAGUUUGUUGUAUUGGUCAAAGAGUCAUCAUCUUGUAUUAUUUUUUUUGUUGUUUUGUUCACCUGUGGCUGUAACUUAAUUCAACUUGAUAAUAUGCAAGACUUUGUAAACGUCGGACCUCUUUGAGUUGUGAAUUUUCUGGUAUUUGUGUCUAAG